AUGGAAGCUAUAAACUCUAAGGCUAAUUGUGCCCAGAACCCAAAUUGUAAUAUAAUGAUAUUUUAUCCAACCAAAGAAGAGUUUAAUGAUUUUGAUAAAUACAUUGCUUCCAUAGAAGCCCAAGGUGCCCACCGAGCUGGCCUGGCUAAGAUAAUUCCACCCAAGGAAUGGAAAGCCAGACAGACCUACAAUGAUAUCAGCGACAUCUUGAUAGCCGCUCCUCUCCAGCAGGUGGCCUCUGGGCGGGCAGGAGUGUUCAUUCAGUACCACAAGAAGAAGAAAGCCAUGACUGUAGGGGAGUAUCGCCGCUUGGCAAACAGCGGCAAAUAUCGGACUCCGCCGCACGUGGAUUUUGCGGAUUUGGAGCGAAAAUAUUGGAAAACCCGCCCCUAUGAUUCGCCCAUCUAUGGCGCUGACGUCAGUGGCUCCCUGUUCGAUGCACACACCAAAGAGUGGAACCUUGGCCACCUGGGAACCGUUCAGGACUUGCUGGAGCAGGAGUGUGGAGUUGUCAUCGAAGGCGUCAACACACCCUACCUAUACUUCGGCAUGUGGAAGACCACCUUCGCUUGGCACACGGAGGACAUGGACCUUUACAGCAUCAACUACCUUCACUUCGGGGAGCCCAAAACUUGGUACGCGGUGCCCCCAGAGCACGGCCAGCGCCUGGAACGACUGGCCAGGGAGCUUUUCCCUGGCAGUUCCCGGGGCUGUGAGGCCUUCCUGAGGCACAAGGUGGCUCUCAUCUCGCCCAGUGUCCUCAAGGAGAAUGGGAUCCCCUUCGGUCGCAUCACUCAGAAGGCUGGAGAGUUCAUGGUGACCUUUCCCUAUGGCUACCACGCUGGCUUCAAUCACGGCUUCAACUGCGCCGAGGCCAUCAAUUUUGCCACCCCGCGAUGGAUUGACUAUGGCAAAGUGGCCUCUCAGUGCAGCUGCGGGGAGGCCAGGGUCAGCUUCUCCAUGGACGCCUUUGUGCGCAUCCUACAGCCCGAGCGCUAUGAGCUGUGGAAAAGCGGGCAGGACCGCACUGUUGUGGACCACGUGGAGCCCACGGCUCCGGGCAGCAGGGACCAGAGCACCUGGAGGAAGAGCCCGGCGGACGGCAGAGCCGCGCUGGGCCUGAGGCACCUGCAGCCGCGUCGGGCCCCGAGCAACCCUCGCGCGGGGGAAGCCGGCGGUGCGCCUGGCGGCCGCGGCGGCGAAACUGUGCUCCAGGCGUCCCUGCUGCUCUCGCUACCCCGGGGCUCUGCCUCUGCUGCCCAGUGCGCAGCUGCCUCGGCCGGCUGCUCCUCUGAGGCCGACCGGUCCUCGCCGCCAUUCCCGGGUCCAUCUGCCCGGGAUUUCCAGCCCACUGGCAGGUGUGGUCGUGGUCGUCGUCCUCGGGAACAGGGGUCUCAGGAGUCGAUUGUUCAGGCCCGGGCUAAGAGGCGCCGCUCAGUGGGCACAGAGCGCACUGCUCCCGACUCCGAGGCCCUGCCUGUGUCCGAGGACAAACCCUCGCUGGACAACCCUGCCCCUCUGAGCCUGGAGACUCUCCAUCCUGUUGUGGCUUCCGCAUCCUGCUUUGCUCCAGUCUCCUAA